UUUCACAACCGAACCGGCGUGACUUUCACAGGCUGACAUCCAUCCACAGUUGUGUAAAGGUGGCCCGAACCAUAUACCCAAAAUGAGAGUCCUAAAAGCAGGUUUAACCUUAAGUCAACUACGCUUAAAGAAACCUGGGACAUUGACUCUGAAACAGGUCCUGUUAAAUAGUUGUCGGUCAUGUUCGUCCGGCAUCAUCCCCAACGAGAGAAUACGCAACAUUGGCAUCUCUGCUCAUAUCGACUCAGGGAAGACCACUCUCACCGAGCGAAUUUUGUACUACACUGGGCGGAUAGCUGAAAUGCACGAAGUAAGGGGCAAGGACGGGGUCGGGGCUGUCAUGGACUCCAUGGAGCUAGAGAGACAGAGGGGCAUCACUAUUCAGUCAGCCGCCACAUACACCAUGUGGAACCAGCACAACAUCAACAUCAUUGAUACUCCAGGCCACGUUGACUUCACCAUCGAGGUGGAGCGCUCACUGCGAGUGCUGGACGGGGCGGUGCUGGUUCUGUGUGCGGUGGGUGGGGUGCAGUGCCAGAGCCUGACGGUCAACAGGCAGAUGAAGCGCUACAGCGUGCCCUUCCUCACCUUCAUCAACAAGCUGGACCGCAUGGGCGCCAACCCCUACCGGGCCCUGCAGCAGCUCAGGACCAAACUGAGCCAAAACGCUGCGUUUGUGAACCUCCCCAUUGGCCUGGAGGGGAACCUACGGGGCCUAGUGGACCUCAUCGAAGAGCGCAGCAUCUACUUCGAGGGGCCAUUUGGUCAGAGUAUCCGUUUUGAUGAGAUCCCGGCGGAGAUGCGUGCAGAGGCGGCUGACCGGCGGCAGGAGCUGGUGGAGUGUGUGGCCAACGCUGACGAGAUCCUGGGAGAGAUGUUUCUGGAGGAGAAGAUCCCCAGCGUGGAGGAGCUGAAGGCUGCCGUGCGCAGGGCCACUGUCCAGCGUGCCUUUUCCCCUGUGCUGGUGGGCAGUGCGCUGAAGAACAAAGGGGUGCAGCCUCUCCUGGACGCCGUGCUGGAGUACCUGCCCAACCCCACCGAGGUCAACAACUACGCCAUCCACAAUGACGAGGAUUCAAGUGAAGGCACUAAAGUCCUGAUGGACCCCACCAGAGAUGCAUCUAAGCCUUUCGUAGGCCUGGCCUUCAAACUGGAGGCAGGACGCUUUGGUCAGCUGACCUACAUGCGCGUGUACCAGGGCUGCCUGAGGAAGACUGAGUACAUCUACAACACACGCACCAGCAAGAAGGUCCGGGUGCAGCGCCUGGUGCGCCUCCACGCAGGAGAGAUGGAGGAUGUGGAGGAGGUGUUUGCUGGGGACAUCUGUGCCCUGUUUGGCAUCGACUGUGCCAGUGGAGAUACCUUUACUGCUCGCACCAGUGCAGACCUCUCCAUGGAAUCGAUUCAUGUACCUGAUCCUGUGAUCUCGAUGUCCAUGAAACCGUCCAACAAGACUGACACGGAUAAGUUCUCAAAAGGCAUCAACCGCUUCACGCGGGAGGACCCCACCUUCAGGGUUCACUACGACCCGGAGAGCAAAGAGACCAUCAUCUCUGGCAUGGGGGAGCUGCACCUGGAGAUCUACUCCCAGAGGAUGGAGAGGGAGUAUGGUUGCCCGUGUGUGAUGGGCAAGCCCAAAGUGGCCUUCAGGGAGACCAUCACUGGACCUGUGCCGUUUGAGUUCACUCAUAAGAAACAGUCUGGGGGCUCGGGCCAGUAUGGUAAAGUCAUCGGGGUUCUGGAGCCGCUGGAGCCAGAGAGCUACACUAAACUGGAGUUUGAGGACCGCACCAUCGGGACCAACAUCCCCAAGCAGUUCGUCCCGUCUGUGGAGAGGGGCUUCAGGGAGGCUUGUGAGAAAGGGCCUCUGACCGCACACAAGAUUUCCGGUGUGCGGUUCGUACUGGACGAUGGAGCCAGCCACAUGGUCGACUCCAACGAGAUCUCCUUCAUCCGCGCUGGAGAAGGCGCUCUCAAGCAAGCUAUGGAUAGUGCUAAUGCUGUGAUCCUGGAGCCGAUCAUGUCGGUGGAGAUCGUCGCACCCAAUGAGUUCCAGGGACCGGUCAUCGCCGGGGUCAACCGUCGCCAUGGCGUCAUCACAGGACAGGACGGAGCGGAAGAUUACUUCACUCUCUAUGCGGAUGUCCCACUGAACGACAUGUUCGGCUACUCGACCGAGCUGCGGUCCUGCACUGAGGGGAAGGGAGAGUACACGAUGGAGUACAGCCGAUACCAGCCCUGCCUGCCGGCCGUCCAGGAGGACCUCAUCAACAAAUACCUGGAGGCCACAGGACAGCUUCCUGCCAAGAAAGGCAAAUGGAAGAACUGAGAGCCUUUUAACACACAUACACGCAAGAACCAUACUGUCUAGGAAAUAUUUGGCGGUCUCAUUUCAGACCUGGGUUGCCAGUGGCAGAUUCAACAGUGAGGGCAGUAGGGGUGGUGCUGUUCAGCUCAGAUGUGUAUAUUUAUGGUACGCGUUUCCUCUUCGUUCAUAUCUCCACCCAUCCUGCUGUCGUCUGUUUAAUGAAAAGCAUGAACUGUGUCCCAGGUUGGCAUUUGUUUUCCAGUGGAGCAAACGUCGCAGCCACUGCCACUGUUUGAAUAACAGAGCUCAGACUACAUGAGCUUGAGGUCAAAACUCCAAAAAGUGUACACCAGAUUAUUCCCCCUACAAAGAUCUAUCCUUUUCCACCAACAGAGUAAUUUAUACAUUUUUAGACUUUCCUCCAUCAGGACUGUAUGGCCUGUGCGUCCCACUGGACUAGACUACGUCUGGUCAGGGAGGUGGACUGGGCCUGUACAGUGAAUUGCAUUUGUACUGUGUACAGCGGAUGAUGUAGUCUGUGGAAUUAAAAAUGUUAUAAUUCCAUUA